UUACGAGAAACUUGGCAACAACCGGCAUUAGGGUCAAACUGUCAACUAUACAUUUCCAGAUCUUUUUUUUGUAAUUCAUCACACUUCAAAUCAAAACGUUUACGAAAAAUUAUAGCAAGAAAUAUGAAUUCUAUUCGGAGUUCUAGGAUAUUAUCAUCCAACAGUGUGAAACAACAUUUACGUUUAAUGUCCCAAUUGGGGGACCUGGGUAGUGGUGCAGGCAAAGGUGGUGGUGGAGGUGGAUCCAUCAGAGAAGCAGGAGGUGCCUUUGGUAAGCAAGAAGCAGCCAGAGAAGAAGAGUACUUUUACAAGAAGCAACAGAAACAACUUGCUCAGCUAAAGGAGCACCUACAUGAUGAAAUAGCCUUUCAUGAAGAACAGAUCAAAAGACAUCAGGAGGCUAUCGCCCGCCACAAAGCCGGUGUUGAGAAGUUGACUAAGUAGGAAUCUAAAUAUUAUUCGUGUUUAUGAAGCUAUUAUUAGCGAUGUUAAUUUUAGGUAUUAUCACCUUUCAUGAUUGUAGUAUUUUGUUGUUUUUUUCGGUAAUAAGAGAAUAAAAAGCUUUUAAAGUUAAA